GGAGAGCUUGGAGCUUCUCUGCCCAGGACCUGAGCGAUUUUCCUGGAUCCAGCGCUGCGCACGGAGCAGCUGCCACCGCCCUGGGAAUGUUAUCCCCCUUGCGCGGAGCCCCUGCAGGGCCCCCUCUGGCUCCGGGCAGUUGGCGGCAGACGCCCCGCUGGGCUUCUUAGCCGCAGCGGCACCCCCGGCCCCUGGGUCUGCGGCCCCCUUCCUCCUCCUCCCUGGCCGGCGGAGGCGCCGCAGCGGCGAGCAAUGCAAGGCUGAGCUGGGAAGAUCUGCCUGCACUGCAAGUGCCCUCAGGAGGAGCACAUGGUGACAGUGAUGCCCCUGGAGAUGGAGAAGACUGUCAGCAAACUCAUGUUUGACUUCCAGAGGAACUCGACCUCGGACGACGACUCAGGCUGCGCCUUGGAGGAGUAUGCCUGGGUCCCGCCGGGGCUGAAGCCUGAACAGGUUCACCAGUACUAUAGCUGUCUCCCAGAAGAGAAAGUUCCUUAUGUCAACAGUCCUGGAGAGAAACUGCGAAUCAAGCAGCUGUUACACCAGCUGCCGCCACAUGACAAUGAGGUUCGAUAUUGCAACUCCCUGGAUGAGGAAGAGAAGAGGGAGCUGAAGCUCUUCAGCAACCAGAGGAAACGUGAAAACUUGGGCCGAGGGAAUGUCAGGCCCUUCCCAGUCACCAUGACAGGAGCUAUAUGUGAACAGUGCGGAGGCCAGAUUAAUGGCGGGGACAUCGCUGUGUUUGCAUCGCGAGCUGGCCACGGUGUUUGCUGGCACCCACCCUGCUUUAUAUGCACUGUCUGCAACGAGCUCCUGGUGGAUUUGAUCUACUUUUACCAAGAUGGGAAGAUAUACUGUGGCAGGCACCAUGCAGAGUGCCUGAAGCCGCGCUGUGCAGCCUGUGAUGAGAUCAUCUUUGCAGAUGAAUGCACGGAAGCUGAGGGGCGGCACUGGCACAUGAAACACUUUUGCUGCUUCGAGUGCGAGACAGUGCUGGGCGGCCAGCGCUACAUCAUGAAGGAGGGAAGGCCCUACUGUUGCCACUGCUUCGAGUCCUUGUACGCAGAAUAUUGUGACACCUGUGCCCAGCACAUAGGGAUCGACCAAGGUCAGAUGACCUAUGACGGCCAACACUGGCACGCCACUGAGACCUGUUUCUGCUGUGCUCACUGCAAGAAAUCUCUCCUGGGGCGGCCGUUCCUCCCAAAACAGGGCCAGAUAUUCUGUUCCCGGGCCUGCAGUGCUGGGGAGGACCCUAAUGGCUCCGACUCAUCCGAUUCAGCCUUUCAGAAUGCCAGGGCCAAGGAGUCCAGGCGUAGCGCCAAAAUCGGCAAGAACAAGGGCAAGACGGAGGAGCCCGUGCUGAACCAGCACAGCCAGCUCCAGGUGAGUUCCAGUCGGCUGUCGGCCGAUGUGGACCCCCUGUCGCUGCAGAUGGACCUGCUCAGCCUGUCCAGCCAGACACCCAGCCUCAACCGGGACCCCAUUUGGAGGAGCCGAGAUGAGCCUUACCAUUAUGGGAACAAGAUGGAGCAGAACCAGUCCCAGAGUCCUUUGCAGCUCCUCAGCCAGUGCAACAUCAGAACUUCCUACAGUUCGGGAGGGCAAGGGGCUGGGGCCCAGCCUGACAUGUGGGCCAAGCACUUCAGCAACCCCAAAAGGAGCUCGUCACUGGCCAUGAAGGGGCAUGGCGGCAGCUUCAUCAAGGAAUGCCGAGAGGACUAUUACCCGGGAAGGCUGAGAUCCCAGGAGAGCUACAGCGAUAUGUCCAGUCAGAGCUUUAGUGAGACCCGAGGCAGCAUCCCGGUCCCCAAAUAUGAGGAGGAGGAGGAGGAGGAAGGGGGCAUAUCCGCUCAGCAGUGUCGGACCCGUCAUCCCAUCAGUUCCCUAAAGUACACUGAGGACAUGACACCCACAGAGCAGACCCCUCGGGGCUCCAUGGAAUCGCUGGCCCUGUCUAAUGCAACAGGCCUCUCUGCAGAUUGUGGCGCCAAGCGCCAGGAGCACCUAUCCCGGUUUUCCAUGCCUGACCUCAGCAAAGACUCUGGAAUGAAUGUCUCCGAGAAGCUGAGCAACAUGGGCACGCUUAACUCAUCCAUGCAGUUCCGGAGCGCGGAGUCAGUUCGCAGCCUGCUGUCUGCCCAGCAGUACCAGGAGAUGGAGGGAAACCUCCACCAGCUCGGCAACCCCAUUGGGUACAGAGACCUGCAGUCCCACGGAAGGAUGCAUCAGAGCUUUGAUUUUGAUGGGGGGAUGGCGGGCAGCAAGCUGCCGGGGCAAGAGGGUGUGAGGAUCCAGCCCAUGAGCGAACGCACGCGGAGAAGAGCUACUUCCCGCGACGACAACCGCCGCUUCCGACCUCACCGCUCCAGGCGUUCCCGACGCUCUCGGUCAGACAACGCCCUCCACCUGGCCAGCGAACGCGAGGCCAUCUCUCGGUUAAAAGAAAGGCCCCCGCUCAGAGCCAGGGAGGACUAUGACCAAUUCCUGCGCCAGCGGAGCUUCCAGGAGAGCCUGGGCCAGGGGUCCCGGAGGGACCUGUACGGCCAGUGCCCGAGGACUGUGUCGGACUUGGCUUUGCAGAAUGCCUUUGGGGAGCGAUGGGGACCCUACUUCACCGAGUAUGAUUGGUGUUCCACCUGCUCCUCCUCCUCUGAGUCUGACAACGAGGGCUAUUUCCUAGGAGAACCAAUCCCCCAGCCAGCCCGCCUGCGAUAUGUCACAAGUGAUGAGCUGCUGCACAAGUACAGCUCUUAUGGCCUCCCCAAGUCUUCCACCUUAGGUGGCAGGGGACAGUUGCACAGCAGGAAAAGACAAAAGAGCAAAAACUGUAUCAUUUCUUAAUCUGAUUGGGGUCAGGGAAUGGGGGAAGAUGGGAGCUAAGAAUGUAGAUUCAGAAAACUUGCACUGUUUUACAUUUUAAAGCGCUUUUGGGGGUGGUUCCUGGAGAAGAAGAGGGAAGUGCUCUCAGUUGAUGGAGGCAAGGAUACAGAUUGACUCAAUAGGUAGUCACAGUUCUUGGCAUGUUAAUAUUAUUUGCACAUUUCACUUUGGAAUCACGAUAGACUCUAUGGCGGCCCCAGGUUGGUCACCUCCUUGCCAUCAGUCUGUGCUGAGUUACCACUCGCAAGAUGGCAAAUUGUUUCCCACUCGCUUAUAUCCUCUCUGGUUCUCUUACUUUUAGGACCCUUUUUCCAGUAAGUAAUUUGUUUAUUAGCCAGGACCCAACACUAAGUUAUUUACAUGUCCAUUGUAAAUGCUAUGUAAAUGAGAGUUCUGAUAAAAUAUUUUUGUAUUUUGUAAUAUCAAAGGAAUUUCUAUAUCGUAAGACUCAGUGGAGACUUGCAUGCACAUCCAGCCUUGUCUUUGAGUAGUAUUCGAAAGUGGUCCAGGACCACCUUUUGUUUUCUUCUUUCUAUACAAGUUUGUUACAUGUCAGUGAGACCUUUUUCAAAGGAGUUUAUUCAAUUUGGCUUUUUGUGGCUGAAAAAAAAAAAAGUAACUAUUAUACCCAAAGCAUUUUAUGCUCCAUUCCAUCUUUAAGGAGCCAUCCUUAAGUCUGCUCCUACCCUCAGUAGAAUCUCUUCCCUACAAAGUGAUAGUAAUUUUUUUUUUCAUUGCAAACGUAACUUUGCCAAUUAGAGAAAGCAACCAGUGUCAGUCAAGUGCUGUGAGAAAUGCCCUCCCUGCUGGGAACAUUGAAGUUGCUUACUAUUGAUCUGUCCCUUGGGGACAAUAAAAGUGACUGUGAGUGGUGCCGUGUGUGAUGUCAGCAUGACGUUGUUUUGACUGUGGCAUUAUUUUCUGGUGCUCCUGUUUCCUGGAUUGUAUUAUCUGCUUUCCUUUACCAAGGCAGACGGAACAGCUGCCUUAGCCUGACAACCGAUUGUCCUCACUGCAAAUGAGCUUAAGCAUAAGGAAUUUAGGGACAGAAAGGUUCUGAGGGGCUCUGGUGGUGAUGGUGUGUUCUAGAGUGUGUGUCACACAUGGAGAAGGAACAAGGUCAUUUGAAAACAGAAAGCAGGUCCAGGGUAGAAACUGAAGGAGGAUAUGAAGGAGGGUCAGAGCAAAGAAGAACUUCUGGAAAUGAAGCAGAGCAGAGGUGACAACCUCCUUGAAUUAGCCCCCAGUGCUUGUGGAAAGAAUCCAGUUUCACACACUCCGUAACCAGAGUAUCUCAGUUACCCGGAAUGGUUGAGCUGCUCAGGAGAUUUCAGAGUAAUGGUCUUGAAAAACAAAUGUUGUUGAAAGGGGGAUUUCCAUUUUGAACUUUGGGGACUGUUGAUCAGACAGAAAAUGGGCUCAAAAGUGAGUUUGCUUAAAGAAGACAUUUAACGGUUGUGUUGUUUAUAGUCAAAUAAAACUUCCUACCUUGCUUCAGUUAAAAAUGAAGCGCUUGCUUUUUCUUCCAUUCUCCUCCUCCCCUUAAUGGAUUGUGGCAGUUGAAAUAAUCCAUCGGAGGACCCACCUGUAGUGAGAUGUACUGUCGAUGUAGUACACGGUGUAUCUCAAUGGCCAUCUGCCAUGGUGAGGUGAGCGUGGUCUCUUUUCAGUAUAGUAGUUAAUAUUUUCUAGUAUUUUUUUAUGGAGAGAAUGUGAAAAGUGGCUUUUCAGACACCAUAUCAAAUGGGUCUGGGGAGAGGAAGGCUGUAAAGGAUGUGGAAAUGGCACUCCAUUCAGGAUGUAUUAAAAUAAUUUGCUUUUCAGGUAUUAAUAGGACAUUUGUCAUUGUCACUGAUUUUUUAAAAAAGCAAUGCAAAUGUUGGUUGUGGCUGUUUCCGCAUGCUAUCUUCAUAUCUAAAUGCUUCAUUAAUUAUCCAAGCCUACGGAGAAUUAACUCUAUUAUGUUUGUAUAGUAAGUUUGUAAACUGCUUGGCAAACUGAUUAAGAAAUAAUGUGCAACACCCUGCUACUAAAGUAGCGGGUUUCUGGUAGAAAUCGGGUGAGUCCAAUUUGGAGUUCUGAGUUCCUUAAUUGAUGCGAAUAAAAAGGCAUUUUGGAAAAAGAAAAGAGAGAAAAAAGUAGAUCAUGUAACUUAGCAAACAGCUGAAAAUAAUGUCUGUCCUCUGUGGCCUGGAAUUCAAUGAAAGAAAUUCUCCUAGUAAAUGUCGCUUUCUAACUCUGUCCUUUUCAGAGUACCUCUUACAUUUCCCAGAUGAGGCUUUAACCACCAUCAGUAGAAAGAAGGAUGUGGCCUAGAAACUGACACAGAACUAGUACCCAAAGGGAUCAGAGGAAUAAGAAUUUCAGAUCUAGCUGCCCAGGGAUAUCCAGCAGCUGAACUGGUCAGAUAUAAUGAAUUGAGAUAUAAUGAAUUACAAGCCUCAGGGUCACACUGUCUACAAGCAAGAUCACCUCCAUCUAUUCCACCACUGCAGAUGUCUUCUCCCCAGCCCACGUGCAGCCAGGCACCUUGCAGGCCUCCUUUCUGUUGGGGGACAGCUAAAUCCUCACGAUGAUGAUGGAACCUCCAAGUGAAUGCUCCAGAGAGAGCAGGUGUCACUGUAUUGGGAGUUUCCCCUGUUAGUGAUAACUUACAUGUAACAUCCCAGACUCCCAUUCCCAAAAAUUCAAUGCAUUCUAUUCUGAGGCAAGAAUGUAGGGUCCUUACCUGAUUCCUCCAUCAUAGCCAUGAGCUCUUCUUGGGCAAGUUUCACCUGUGAGUGGGGCCUGCACUCACCUCUUCUUAGAUCAUCAUUUCAUCUUCAGUAGACUGUUUUUAGAAAAGUAAUCUUUUCCCAGUUUCCUCUCUAAUGGGGUUUGGUUUUGUUGUUGUUGUUUUCCUUUUUUUUCUACCUCUCCUCAUAUUGGACUUGUUCUUGUCCUUUGGUUAAAACCACAGUUUUGGAGUUCAGUUCAUUUCCUAUUUCUGCUCGAUUUAGUGGCAAUAGAGCUGACUCUUUCCCAAGAAGUAGAAGUCAUUGACAGUUUCCUGAAUGGCCCUGCCAAUACAUGCUACCCUUGAUACUAUGAACAAGUUUCUUAGCAGGCUGGUGGCAUUGAAUGUGGCAUUCAGGCACCCUUCCUUCUGUCAUAUAGUUCUGGGAUCUCUACCAAGUACGAAGGUGAAUGAGGCAAGGGAAACUGAACCAUGCUUCCUGGUUUUGCAUGUGUUUGAGGAGGAAGAAUUCCUGGUGUUGGUUGGUUGACACCUUCCUUCCACAUUUCACCCUCUGUUCUCUAGUCCUCUCUUUCCACCCUCAGCCAGCCCAGUGAAUAAGCAACUUUGUAUUUCUAGUAUGGGACCUGAAGGCAGCUCUUUCUCAUCCUCUUUUCCAUUCUGUAGAAUGCUCCUGCACUGCAGCAAGAUUGUAUUUCCUUCUUCCUGGCAGCAGCUUUCUGCUUCUUGAGUACCGCUAGCCAUUGUUGAGUUGAGGUGGGGCCAGUGAUGGCAUAUAUGGAACACAUGCUCUGCCAUCCCUGCAACCUGGGCAGAUACAACCAAUGUGUCACUGAAUACUUUCCCAAAGAACGUGGAUGCAGCCUCAAAAAUCUUCACAACACUCCAAACAGCCAGGACCAAUUGAUCUUAUUUGUCUGAUAACAAAUCUUAUCUGUGAACUGAUUCUUAUCUGUCUUUCCACCCUGGGCUCUUUCGCCAUUGGCUCAAAACAGUACACCAGCUAUUUAGAAAGUAUCAUUCAUCAAUUAUUGUGAGACUCCAAUUCCAAUGUCUCCCUGCUGUGGAUGCUUAAGGAGGCUGGCUUCUUUAGCCUAAACCAAGACCCAUCUCUGGCCUCCUUCUCCAUUCUCGUGUUCUUGGCCAAUAAUUAUAGGCAACCUUCUGUUCAUCCUUCUGCAGAGGUCAGAUAGGAGUCCAUCUUAUUCCUUGUCUAAUCCCACCUUCUAAUAAGAAAUAACACAAAUAUUUAAAUUCCAAGGAGAAGUGCUCUUUGCGUAUUUCUGUCUAACAGAAACCAGAUGCGAACGCCUAAGAAGGAGGAUCUAUCUAUGACAAAGGAAAGUGGAAAAUGGAACCAGUUAUGGGAAUAUUUCAUGCCAGAAGAGUUGCUAUAAGCAACUGUUGAGCACCUUCAGGGCUUUGAAAUGGGCUCUGCGGACAGCAUUCCAGGUGCAGGACUCAGCCAGCCUCCUCUGCCAAUUCUGAAGGCAGUUUCAGAUUGCUGCCUCUUGAGGUACAUUUCUUGAAAGCACAAGACAAGUGGGAAUGAAGAGAGCUUUGCCUUGCCUCCAGUGAUUGGUCCCUCUGGGGCCUCAGCAGACACCAGAGCUUGUUUGUCUGACCACUUGGAAGCAGUCAUCAAGGCUAGGAUCAAGAAAGGAUUGGAAUCUUUUUUCCAUUUUCUCAUAAUAGUAGCCCAGUCAAUACAAGACUCCCAUAAAACAAUAGCUCACUGUUGGGAGCUAUUCUAUUUUAUAAGCUUACUUCCUGCUGACAAAACUAGCUUUCCCCAAGGGGUAUAAAAAGGAGGGGAGAGAUUCACAUAGUGUUAGGAAAACACUUCUGUGAUUUAGAUAUGGUGAAUCCGUAGGAUAAGAAAAAAUUGUCUUGUUCUAUCCUGCAAGUUUCCUGAGACAUCCCUCAACCCUGCUGGGCAUUUGGCCGUUGAUGUUCAAUAGGUCACUGACCAAGCUUUCCUAAAUUUUUCGGAGAGAGUUACUCACCAGUAAGAUCUGUUCUCAAGCCUAUCUAGCUGAUUUCCAUAUUUUUCUGUAAAGCAUUUUGGUUCUAUCAUAGGCCCUGACUUAACAUUCUAAGGCCUAUGAGUCCUCCAUUUUCCUUAGCAAAUUAGGACUUGGGCAGUUUUCCCUCUCCUAAACUCAUUCUCUCCUUUACAGGAUUGCUUUGUCCAUCUCCUGCUUCAAUUCCAAGUGCAUAAACAAAACCUCAAAAGGCCUGAGAAGGUGAGGCAGGCCAGAGUCUGUGUUGUGUGUCGAGUGUCAAGCUAUUUGUUAAGAAGGUCUGCAACAGGCCUUUGGUGUGGGCUCUGCCAGAGACGGGUGUGAACUCUUUGCUUGAGAUCCGUGCCCUGUAAAAUGGAUAUGAUGUUUUACUGAUGUCUGUAAUACAUUUGUAAACUUCCAAUAAAAUUUGAAUAAAAGAAA